CCAUUGCAAAGUGGUUCGUCUUGACCGUUGAACACGCCUGCUUCCAGUGAAGUACUGCACACGAUCUGCCUAACGCAGCUCGCCGCUCCCCCCACUUCCGCAUAUAUAUAAUCUGUUGCCCUUGCAGUCCCUAGACAGCCCCACUCUCGCCAUGCCUUCCAACACAUCCUCCCACAAGGUCGCGGUCUACACGUCUGCCCGGGACCUUCCUCAAGAGGUUUGGAUCGCGUUCCACGAAAAUCCGAGGAACGCGAACAUCAUGCUGCCCUACGCAAAGAAGGCGCGAUACAACCCAGACCGUUAUCCUGGUUCUGCUGGUUCGAACGUCUGGCUCGUCUGUUCAACGUCGGCACCAGGUUCUCUCACUGCAUCAGUCGACUUCGUACUUUCUUGUACUGAAGGGUCACUCGGAUCAUAUCCACUGUUCAUCUUCACACCCAUCCCCCUUUCCCAGCUGUCCGCUCAGUUCUACCUCCCUCGCCUUCGGAGCCUUGUCAAGAGGCUCCAACAGUCGGUACCUCCAGAACGGGUGUUCUCCAUCUUCGCCCUCGAGCCCGUCGCCCGUGACUUCGCCUCCCUCUGGACGAAGGCGACUGGGAUCUCGCUGGAUAAGGACCCGGAGUACUACGCGGCAAAAUUCACGUACUGCACCAAGACCACUUUACAGUCGGGCCAGCUCGCUCCGCUUCGCGAUGUGGCUUACGACUUGAGGCCUGCUCGCGAAAGCGAUCUUCACAAUGUUGCUGAGCUGUGCAGUGGCUUCGCGGAGACGUCGGAACCGUUUACAUUAUCCAUGAGCAGAGCUACAACCGAGGCACGGUUGCUCAUUCAAAGCGGACAAGUGUGGGUCCAUGAGAUAUGUGCUCGCGGUCAUGAUCAGCGUCCAGAGAUUGCGUCCAUAGUCGCAGUCACGCGGACUAGCGACACCGUGGCGGGGAUUACGAAGGUAUUCACGAACCCGAGGUGGAGACAACGGGGGUGCGCCGAACGGCUUGUCCGGCACGUCUGCCAACAACUCCUCCAAACCAAAGAGAGCGUUGUCCUCUAUGUGGCGCACAACAACCCCACUGCUGCGAAAGUGUACCGCAGAGUCGGGUUCGUGGGCUUAUCUCAAAACGACGCACCCCUCGAAGGGGUCGAUCCUUGGCUAGAGCUGGGAUUCGACCAAAAAAAGGUCCAGCUUGGACACUGGUAACGGAUAAUCACGGGCAAUGAAUCGUACUAUUUAAGUUUUCUGCUUACUCUUCUUGCAUAAAGUCUCCGCUUCGUUACCAGUAGUAGUCGGCCAAUAAUUAGACUCAAUGCGUUCAGAUAAUGUAGCAACAAUAUUGUGGAGUAUACACUACUUACAGUGCCUAUAAUCUUCAAUGACUAUCGUAUAUUGCUCCCAAGAAUAUUCUACCGCCUCAUUAUGAC